AUGCUCAAGCAAUUGAUCCUACUCGCUGCCAUGGGUAUUUCCUUUGGUAGCCUCGCAGCUACGACCUGCUACAUCCAAGCCAAUAGCGGUGAUUCAUGUGACUCGACCACUGGCGGAGUGGUCAGCAUCGGAAACAACGAGGAUGUGGGGGCAUGCAUCGGGAUCGCGGGCAAGGCCCCACGCUACUCCUUCUACUCGAACUGCCCAGACGACAUCACGUGUGUUUUCUAUGUGGAUGCAGGCUGCAAUGGCGAUUACUAUAGAGAUCCUUCCAUCACGCCGGGGUGCAAUUCUAUCCCAAAUUUGAUUGAUAAUGGCAAGACUAUUCGUCCCCAGUCGAUGUACUGCGGUAAACAGGAUUCUAGCUAG